AUGCCAAAUACAAAAUCAAAGCUUUCAUUAGCUAUACAACAAGCAGAUAACUCUGCGGCCAAGCAAGAUCAUCACCUGGAUUUAUAUCAUAACCACCAGCAACAUCAGUACCUGCAGCACCAUCACCACCACAACUACAUUCAGCAAUCUAUAUCCUCACAGCAUAGCUCUCACGAGGGACAGGAACAUUAUAAUAAUAAUGACAGCACGCCAAAGAAACGACAUCAUUUUAGGACAAAAAGUGGUGGAUCUACGCAAAGCGGUAACAGCAACCAAGGUAACGGACACAACGGUAACAAUGUUGAUAUAACGAUCAAUGCUAAUAACACAUUUGCUGAGAGCCAAAAUGGUCAUAGUUUUAAACCAGUUCCCAGCCCUUCUUUACUACCUAAUUUGAUCCAACAUAGUUCACCAUAUAUAUCAACGACGGCAUCUUCUGUCAAACAUUUCAAACCGGAAUUAUCUCCUUUGAAAACUACCUUUGAUGAGGAGAAACGGCACUCGAUAAUCGAAUCUCAAUUGGAACUGCAAUAUGACGAUGAGGGUGCUGUAUGGGACGAGUUUAAACAACCACAAGGUAAUGACGAUGAUGAUGAAUACGAACUCGAGGUUAAGUCGUCCAAGAGUCGUUCUCUUUUGCAUCACCAGUACAAUCAAAGUAAGGACCUUGAUCAGAAGAAGAAGAGGAAAAAGGACUGGUCGCAUAGUACACUUGGCGACCUGGAGGUAGAAAGCAAGGUGGAUGAAGGACAAAAAUAUAGCUUACAAGAAAGGGAGUAUCAUUCUCUGGAAAAGUCCAAGAACGUCAAGACUGGUAACCGAGAUGAGGAUGACGUUGACGAUAAAGUUGACGAUGAUGACGAGGAGGAGGACGAAGAUGAGGAGGAUGAAGAAGCGGCAGUAAACCCCGCCGAAGAAGAGGAUCUAAAGGAUUACGUUCCCGGAGGAUAUCACCCAUGUUUCAUUGGAGAAGAAUACAAAAAUGGGAAAUAUACCUUGGUGCGGAAGCUAGGUUGGGGUCACUUUUCAACAGUAUGGCUUGCAAGAGACAAUGACAAACAAUGCCAUGUGGCAGUUAAAGUUGUUCGCUCAGCGAAACAUUAUACCGAAACUGCCAUUGAUGAAAUAAAACUAUUGGAUAAAGUGACAACAUCCGAUAUUCAACAUCCUGGACAUCAGCAUGUAAUUCAACUAUUGGAUACCUUUACCCAUAAAGGUCCCAAUGGAAUACAUGUAGUGAUGGUUUUCGAAGUAUUGGGGGAGAACCUAUUGGGCUUGAUUCGUCGGUAUAAACAUAGAGGCAUUCCCAUUGUGUUUGUAAAACAAAUUGCUAAACAGUUAUUGUCUGCGUUGGAUUUUUUGCAUCGAAAAUGCGGUGUAAUUCAUACAGAUUUGAAACCCGAAAAUGUCCUAAUCGAAAUUGGUGACGUUGAGCAAAUUGUUCGUAUGGUUGAACAGGAGAACAAAGAACGUAAAUUGCAACGCAAGUUACUGAAAUCAUCAAAAACAUCAACAGCAAAUAGUUCAUACGGCAACAUCAAGGAUUCAGAGCAAUUGAACCAUCGUGCCAAAAGCAAACCAUCCACGUCAGUUGCAUCACCAACAAAUCAAAUUGUAUCUCCAUCAUUGGGUAGGUCAGGAAGAAGAUCCCGCAGGCAAACAUUGAUUACUGGAUCGCAGCCAUUGCCGUCGCCAUUAAGAGCGUUCAAUAAAUCAUUCACAAACAUAUAUGGAUUCUCAACGACUACAAAUACCCCCAUCAAGAGUUUGUCUAUAAACAACUCAACUGUCAACGCAACCACUACUGACUCACCUAUUCCAUUAUCUAGCACUGCUGAACGGCACGAUGAGGAUCGUGACGAUAUUGAUCAUGAUGGGACGUUAAACAAUUCCUUGAGCUCAAUGUCAAUUUCAAAUUCCAAUAGUUAUCAACCAGUUAAUGUCAAUCCCAUGCAAAUCCCCAAUGAUUCAAAUUUUCGACUUGAUGACUCAUCCACAAAUUUUGACGAUGUGAUUAAUGAAGAUGAAUUGAUAUCAGUGAAAAUUGCCGAUUUAGGCAAUGCUUGUUGGACAAACCAUCAUUUCACUGAUGAAAUCCAGACUCGUCAAUAUCGAGCACCUGAAGUGUUGCUUGGGUAUCAUUGGGGGUGUUCAAGUGAUUUAUGGUCAUUUGCAUCACUCAUUUUUGAACUACUUACAGGCGACUACCUAUUUGAUCCAAGAGAUGGGAAAUCAUAUUCCAAAGAUGAUGACCAUAUUGCACAAAUUAUCGAAUUGUUAGGCCCCUUCCCCAGAAUGAUGAUUAAAGAAAGUUUCUAUGGUCGUGAUUUUUUCAAUUCAAGAUUUGAAAUGCGACGCAUCCUGAAGUUAAAACCGUGGGGAUUAAAAGAUGUUCUUGUUGAGAAGUACAAGUUCUCCAUCAGUGAUUCGAUUGAGAUUGCUGAUUUCUUGUUGCCGAUGUUGCAAUUGCAACCCGAAGAAAGAGCUGAUGCUGGGGGAAUGAUCAAUCACCCUUGGUUGAGAGAUGCAUUGGCUUUGGAGAAUGUUGUAUUGGAAAGACCCGUUGGAGGGAGUGGCGAGGAUAUACCAGGGUGGUCAAAGGAGUUGCCUCCGCCUCAAUCAAGUGGGCGAGGAGGUUCGAAGAAUUCGUUGUCGGGUAUACAGCAAAAGUUCGAUACCCGUUAG